CCCAGCUCUCCACCUCCACUGUCGUCGCCGAGCUCUCCUCCAUCACCGUCGCCCAGCUCCCCACCUCCACCGUCAUCGCCCAACUCUCCACCUCGCCCAGCUCGCCGAGUUUGUACUUGAAAUUAGAUCAGUGGUUUGGUUAAUAGUGGAGGACAUGGUCCUGGAAUUAGAACUUACACUAAUGCUGAUUUCUUUCAAGGGCUUGAUGAAUCACAAGAAAGCCAGGAAAUAAGAGACUCAGAAGCCAUACUGCAGAUGUUGAGGAAAACUAUUUAGUUACCUCAGAGUGCUGAAUUGCAUUGGCACUAAAACAGAGUGAAACGUUUAUAUGAAAUCAUUGUGUGAAACCCUUGGAAGCCCUUCCUACGAGGACUGUCCGGCGUUGGUAGCUCAAGCGAGGUUGCCGGAAAACUUCCUGCAUUGUUGACUUGGCUUCGUUCCUACAGAAAGUCCUUGGCGAGUAGGGUUGUUCAGGAAGGAGAUGGCGCUCUUCAACAUGCGGGUGCACCAUGGUGGGGUAUUUGGAUAUGAGAAUGGUGUGCUCAGGUACUUGAAGGGUCGAUCUACAGUCGUUGAAGACAUUGACGGUGAUCGGUGGAGUGUGUUUGAGGCAUACGAGGAGCUCAGGCAGCUUGGAUACUUGAAGUCCACCAUCGCCGCGUUAUGGUAUAAAGACCCAACUGCGGAUGAUUAUGAGAGUCAGUUGAAGCUGUUGAUAGGUGACACAGAUGCAAUUGAAAUGUGUACCAUAGCAGCUAAGAGAGGCUUUGUUGAUUUGUUUGUGGUGCAUGAGGUUGGGAAUGUCGAGGGGUUUCCAGAGGUCGAUUUUCUGGACGUGGGGGGAGAAACUGUAGGCGGCGAGAGUGAGGGACCUUUACGUGAUGGUCUGGAUUUAGUGGUGUUUGAAGGGAAUGUACAAAAGAGUGAUGGAGCUGGGGUUGCGGCUGAAGCAGAAUGCCAGAAUAAGGACGGUGGAGUGGAAUUAGGCCAAGAGGGACAUGAGGCGGACAACGAGAGUGAUACCAGUGGCGAAGACAGUGAUGACCCAACAUAGUUGCCAUCUAAUGAAGAGGAAAAUAGUGUCGAAGACAUCCACUUCACUGAUAGUGAUGAGAUCUACGACUAUGAAAGUGGAUUCGGUGAAGAUAAUGUUGUGCCGAAGGACUCCAGUGCGGGGAAAGACAAAAAGGUUGUCACAAGUGAUUUGGAUGAUGACGAUGCAGUUGACAGUGAUGAAUUGGAGCAGGACCAUGUAAUUGGAGGACAAGAGUCUGGUGCUGAUGAUGGGGAGGAGGCUGCUGAGGGUGAAGGACAGAGGUUUUCAGUGCAUAAGUCUCAAAAGGACAUGGAAAAGUACCAAUGGAAGGUGGGCACAUUGUAUGAAUCUCGGCAAGAGUUUAAAGACACAGUAGCGACCUAUGCAGUCCACACAGCUAGAAAACAUUAAAUUCAAGAAGUGUGACUUGGUGAGGGUCCGGGCUGUUUGUCAGAAAGGCUGCCCCUUUUAGUUAUAUGCACACAGGGUCGGUGAGGAAUCCACUUGACAACUAAGAAGCAUGAAUCUCCAGCAUACCUGCAUGUUGACACACCGGGUUGGAAUUAUGCACAGCAAGUGGUUGGGUAGCCAGUUUAAGAAGAAAGUUGAAUCCAACCCAAGGAUCAAGGUGAAGGAGCUGGUUGCAAGGACUCACAAAAAAUGGAACCAGACCGUUACGAAGGCAAUGGCAGCUAAGACAAAAUAGGAGGCUUUGAGUCAGAUACAAGGAGCCUUUAGAGAGCAGUACAAGCGAAUAAAUGACUACUGCCAUGAACUCCUAAGAACAAACCCAGGUC